GCAAAAGUUUAUAUGAUUGCAGCAGGGGUCAUAGGAGGUGUGUAUCUUCUUGGAAUUGUCGUUCUUUUUCUUGGAGUAAAGGAAAAAGAUGAUCCUUAUGCCUUAAAUUCAGACAGAGCAAUUCCUUUUUGUAAGGGACUUGGACUCACCAUGAAGCAUGGUCCAUAUGUGAAGCUUACGACUUCAUUUCUUCUCAUCUCGACAGCAGUUCAGCUGGAGCAAAGCAACUUUGUCCUCUUCUGCACUCAUGCUGCUGAUCUUCGCAAUCACUUCCAGUAUUUGGUGGUCACCAUCUUGGUAUCAGCAGCUGUGAGCAUUCCCUUCUGGCAGAAGUUUCUGCAGCGAUUUGGCAAGAAGUGUGCAGCAUGUGGGAUUUCGUGGAUGAUUCCUUUUGCAGUCAUGCUAGUGACCAUUCCAAACCUGAUCCUGGCUUACUUCGUGGCCUUCGUCUCUGGUCUGAGCAUUGCAGCAUCUCUUCUGUUGCCAUGGUCAAUGCUGCCUGAUGUUGUUGAUAACUUCCGCCUGCAGAAUCCUCAUGGAAAAGGACAUGAAACCAUUUUCUAUUCUUCUUAUGUUUUCUUUACCAAGAUUUCAGGAAUUGGUUUAGGAAUUUCUGCAGCAGGCCUGGAGUUUACUGGAUACAAGCCAGGGAUAUGCAGACAAUCCAGCGAUGUGAUCCUCACACUGAAAAUCCUCAUUGGAGCUGUCCCUGCUAUUCUCAUCCUUGUGGGUUUAUUUAUACUUCUUUUCUACCCAAUUACUGAAGAAAGUCGGAAAGAAACAAAGCUUGCACUUGAGGAAUUAAGAAGGAGCCAUCAAAGCACAGAAAACCUGGAUGACCACAAAAAGGACACCUCGAUCUGA